UUGGACAAACAUAAACAAAACACGGACGAAGCCGGUUGGUGGCGGAUUAAAACGAGAUUCACGCAGAAAUUAUCUGCAUCUGUGAUAUGGAAAUGGAUAUUUUGCAUCCACAUUUGCUUAGUAAGCAACAAUUGCUGGAUAUCUUUCACCAGCGUCAUUUCACGAUUCCCCGACUGGACGAAUUGAGCAGAGAUGAGCUGAUCUGUUUGUACACGAAACAUCUACUGCCGCUGCCGCGGCGGUCAACCACAAGUGCAAACUCAACCAGCAAUGAUGUGGACAUGGAUGAGGCUUCCCCAAACAAAUCGGAAACUAGGCGAACGGCCAAUGUUAGACCAAGGAUUGUAUACUCCGAUGAAAGUCCGAUGGACAAUGUCCGCCAUGGAGUGAAGCGGAUCAGAUUGGUCCACUCAAGUAGUAGUAGUAACGAUGCCAACUCCUCUGGAACGUCCUUCGCUGUUAAACGAUCGCCCGAAGUCACCAGCAGCGGAAGUACAAACAAAACUGUCUUCGAAACAGCUGCAACACCUAGUAAAAGAAAGAAGAUUACGUGGCCGUAAACGCAAUGAGAGAAAAUGUUUUACGAUAAGGUCGAAUUCGAAUUUAGCUCCAACCUAGGUUCGCAUAAAUUCGAACCUAACUGUUGUCUAAACGUUUUUUGACGUAGGAUUACGUCUUUCGGCAACAUAUUGGGGUACAAAUUGAAAAUCGAAAAUCGAGCACAUCGUGAAAAUUGUCCAAUGUCAAACACUUAUUGCUCACUCAUUUCAUGAUGGAUUGAUGAAAAUAAUAUAUGUCAUGAAACUAA